UGCCGGGACGGGGCCAGCCUGAGCGGGACUUUACCGAGCGCCGAGCCGCCCUGCGAGCCUGGCAGCCGGCACCGCGCCGCUCGCUUCUCCCGCUCCGUUCGGCUCGGGAAGUUGCUGCUCGGCUCGGCUCUGAACUUGUCGGCGUGGCUCAGUCCGGAGCGGUCCCGCAGGGCUCGGUUCGCCCCGGCGCGGCGCGGCCGGGGAGCGCCCGCAGGCAGGACCUCUCUUCCCACUGUUGCCUUCUCUCCCCUGUGGUUUCCAUCCUCAAAACAAUGACCUCGAUUGCUCAGAGGAAGCGACACCCGCUAUUACAUAAAGGGCUGAGGGUCCUGGGCUGCCGUGCCGGGGCCCGGCCGUGCACAGAGCUCCCCAGCGUGGCUGCAGUGCUGUCGCCAAGAGGAAUGCCGAAACCAAGGGGCUAAUGAGCACCAGAGAGGGAGGAUCUAUGACUUCCAGAUGGCGACGAGCCCGUAAUCCCUUUGGGAAGAAUUAGGGACUCAUCAGGGCAGCAGAGCCUGGCGAGAAGAGCAAAGCACAACACCUCCGGCUCCGGGACUGCUGCGAGAGGCUGAGGGCGUCCCGAUGCCGACUGUGUCAGCCGCUGUGCCCUGAGCUGCUUGGCUUUGUCUUGGGAAGCCCUGGUGCUGCUGGGAGCCUGUCUCCGAGCACUGAACUAUUUCUUGUUUUAAUUGAUCGCAUGUUCUCGUACCAAACCCCAUCCGGGUCCUUCUCCCGAUGCAGAAGGGGACUUCUACCCUCAACAGAAAUACUUCUUCCUUCUGGUUUUUAUGUUCCAUGGGAUUGUAAAGCAUUUUUCGUGCUGGAUUUUGUCUCCCAUCAAAGUGUGUUUUGAGGAAUUACGGACUUAUUCCCAUGGCCUUAUAAACCUCUGGGAUCUGAGGGUCUCUGCCUCUGCACCGCCACUGCUCUCACCUGUCUGCGAUGGGGCGGGAGCAGGAGCUGAUCCAAGCCGUGAAGAACGGGGAUGUACCUGGUGUGCAGAAGCUGGUGGCCAAGAUCAAGGCAUCCAAGAGCAAGCUCCUGGGAUCUACCAAGCGCCUGAACGUCAACUACCAGGAUGCAGACGGGUUCUCAGCACUGCACCACGCGGCCCUGGGCGGCAGCCUGGACCUCAUCUCCCUGCUGCUGGAGGCGCAGGCCACCGUGGACAUCAAGGACAGCAACGGGAUGCGGCCCCUGCACUACGCGGCCUGGCAGGGCCGGCUGGAGCCCGUGCGGGUGCUGCUGCGCGCGGCUGCCUCCGUCAACAUGGCCUCGCUGGACGGGCAGAUCCCGCUGCACCUCUCAGCCCAGUACGGACACUAUGAGGUGUCGGAGAUGCUGCUCCAGCACCAGUCCAACCCCUGUCUCAUCAACAAGGCGAAGAAAACUCCUCUGGACCUGGCCUGCGAGUUUGGGCGGCUGAAGGUGGCCCAGCUGCUGCUGAACAGCCAUCUGUGUGUUGCCCUCCUGGAGGGACAGUCCAAGGAUGCCACCGACCCCAACUACACCACCCCACUGCACCUGGCAGCCAAGAACGGGCACAAGGAGAUCAUCAGGCAGCUGCUGAAGGCUGGGAUCGAGAUCAACAAGCAGACAAAGACGGGCACAGCGCUGCACGAGGCCGCGCUCUACGGCAAGACAGAGGUGGUGCGGCUGCUGCUGGAGGGCGGCGUCGAUGUGAACAUCAGGAACACCUACAACCAGACGGCGCUGGACAUCGUGAACCAGUUCACCACCUCGCACGCCAGCAAGGACAUCAAGCAGCUGCUGAGAGAGGCAUCAGGAAUCCUGAAGGUCCGAGCUCUGAAGGAUUUUUGGAACCUCCACGACCCAACUGCUCUCAAUGUCCGGGCAGGAGACGUCAUCACGGUCCUGGAGCAGCAUCAGGACGGGCGAUGGAAGGGGCACAUCCACGACACUCAGAAAGGCACCGAUCGGGUUGGGUACUUCCCUCCCUCCAUCGCCGAGGUCAUCAGCAAGAGAACAGGCAUGGCUGUGUGCCGCGGGAACCCCCCGCGCCAGGGCCCCCCCGGCGGCCAGCAGCACCUCCCCGACGAGGGUCCUCACCCGGCAGCCCCCAGCGCCACAGCGCCCUACGGCCACCUCACCCUAACCCGGACGGCCCCGGGCCCUGACAGCUCAGCAGGGGACAGGAACAGCGUGGGCAGCGAGGGCAGCAUCGGCAGCAUCCGCAGCGCCGGCAGCGGGCAGAGCACCGAGGGCACCAACGGGCAGAGCACCAGCAUCCUGAUCGAGAACGCCAGGCCACUGCCCUCCACCGGCGACGACCUCCAGCAGCAGCUUUUGGGCUCGGAGCCACGCAAUGGGCAGUUGACCUCCACAGCAGGGCCACAGAGCCACCAGACCCCAGGCAGCUGCCCCCCUGGAGACAGGGUCUUCUCCCACCAGUUCUUGCGGCCUGAGCAGCUCCUCGAGGGGAAGGACGCAGAGGCCAUUUACAACUGGCUGAGUGAGUUCCAGCUGGAGUCGUACACCGCCAACUUCCUCAACGCCGGCUACGAUGUCCCCACCAUCAGCCGCAUGACCCCGGAGGAUCUGACAGCCAUCGGGGUGACCAAGCCGGGCCACAGGAAGAAGAUCUCCACUGAGAUUGGGCAGCUCAGCAUCGCCGAGUGGCUGCCCAACUACAUCCCGGCUGACCUGAUGGACUGGCUCAGUGCCAUCGGGUUGCCCCAGUACCACAAGAAGCUGGUGAACAACGGCUACGACUCCAUCACCAUCGUGACGGACCUGACGUGGGAGGAUCUGCAAGAGAUUGGCAUCAACAAGCUGGGCCACCAGAAGAAGAUCAUGUUGGCCGUCAAGAAGCUCAGAGACCUCCGCAAAAGCCUCAACCAAGCAGAAGCAACUCUGGCAAGACGCAAAGUCCCCGGUGCCUUGGACAUCGUCACCAUCGAGUCGCUGGAGAAUGGGGAGUGCCAGUCCCCACACACCCCCAAAAUGACGACCUUCCAGGACAGCGAGCUCAGCUACGAGCUCCAGACAGCCAUGUCCAACAGCUGCCACGAGACACUGGGCAUCAAGAACAGCCAGGGGAUGUCCCGGAGCCAGGAGAGCAUCGGGGUGCGCUCCCGGGGCUCGGGGCACUCGCAGGACAACGUGCUGUCCCGGCAGCUCUCCAGCCUGUCGCAGGAGAGCCUGGGCAGCGGGGAGAGCAGCGGCAGCAGCGGGCAGUCCUGCGUGCCGCCCCGCAGCAAGGAGAGCCCGGCCAGCCUGCCAGGGUGGCCCAGUCCCGAGCCCUACGGGAAGCUCGUGUCCCCCGAGGGGCUGAACGGCCACGUCAACGGCGGCGGGGGCAGCCCUCUCAAGGAGAGGAACCUGCCCGAAGGCACGGAUCAGUACGCCCGGCCAGCGGCUCAGAAAGGUGCCGGGACGCCCGUAGUCACCCCCUGUACUCCUCCCCAGACCCCCAGCAAGGCCACAGCCCCGUAUGUCUUCAUGUACCCACAUGUCUCCCUGAAAUCCCCGACGGCUCCUUCCAUCCUGGGAACGGAGCAGCCCAAGGCCCUGACGCACCCAUACCCCUCCAUCCCCUCUGGGCAGAAAAGCAGCCUGCAGACCUCGGCCCAAAAAGCCUUCUCCUACCUGCACAGCCAGUGCAGCCCCACAGAGCCGCCCAUGGCCGGGGCAGCCCUGGGCACCUGGCAGGCCGGCGGGGAGCAGCACAACGGCGGCGAAGGCUUCAAGUACAAGAAGCGUUCGCACAGCCUGAACCGCUACGCGCUGUCGGACGGGGAGCACGAGGAGGAGGAGGCGAUGCCCACCAGCACCCUGGGCUCCUACGCCACGCUGACGCGGCGGCCGGGACGCAGCCAGAUGCCGCGGGCCUGUCUGCAGGCGCCAGACGCCAAGGUGACCCGCAGCCAGUCCUUCGCCAUCCGCGCCAAGCGCAAGGGCCCUCCGCCGCCGCCUCCCAAGCGCCUCAGCUCUGUCUCCAGCGCCCUCUCUGCUGAGGCAGACGCUGAGCAGCCCCCCGGCCCCGAGCGGCAGCCCACAGCCCCCCAGGACGCGGCGGACGCGGGUGCCAGCCCCGGUGAUGCCGGCAGCGGCAGGACGGUGAAGAGCCUGGCAGCUGCACUGGAGGGGACGGCGGCAGCGAGCCCACCCAAGCCGCUUUUGGCCCCCAAACCACUGCACGUGGCUCAGAACUGUCUCCCCAGGGCAGAUGUGGGCGAUGAGUCCUGCAGUGGCGGCGGCACCAGCAGCGCCGCGCUUCCCGACGCCGGCAGGGACCCCUUCGAGAGCAGCAAGCCACGGAGACGGACAUUCAGCGAGCCCACGGCCCCCAUGACAGAGGCUGCACAGGGCGGGCGGGAGGACGCCUGCUCGGACACAGAGGAGGAGGCCAAGCCCGGAGUCUCCUCCUCAUCCUCCCAGAACAGCUCCAGCGAGUGCAUCCCCUUUGCAGAGGAAGGCAACUUAACCAUCAAACAGCGGCCAAAGCCCACGGGACAGCCCAAGGCCGACGCGGCCACACCAGACGCAGAGCCCGGUUCCCAGCUGGCAGAGGCCCCCUGCGCCGGUGGGAAGGAGCCGGCAGCGCCCGCUGCCACCAAGGAGCCGCCGGUGCUGGAGUUCAACCUCACCGAGUCGGACACUGUGAAGCGCCGGCCGCGCUUCAGGGAGCGGGAGCCGCUGCAGACGGUGCUGAAGGCGUUCAGCAUGGCGGGGCAGGCCGAGGCGGGGCCCGUGCCCGCGCCGCAGUAUGCCCAGGCACAAGCUGUGAGCAUCGCGGGCCCCACCGUGCCGGCGCCAGCGCCACGGGCCGGGCUGCCCGGCGACACCUUCGACGAUGACAGCGUGGAGUUCAGGAUUGCUGAGAUAGAGAAAAGCAUCUUGUCACUGGAGAAAGGGAUCAAGAAGGCCCCGAGCCCCACCAAAGCCGCCAGCCCCACGGAGCUGCUGGGCACCGCCGUGGUGAGGACGCCCGCUCCAGGUACGUGUUGUGGGGUGUCUCAGAGCGGCUGCUGGGGCCUGAGGCUCCCUGCUGGCCUGGCACAGGAGGCAAGGAGGACGUGUGCCACUGCAUGCCACAAAUGCCCUUCCUUUGCAGAUGUCCCAGCCAAGCACACCUCCGUGGCGUCCACCAAGCUGGUGUUCUCCGGGCCCAAGACCAUCUACCAGCAGGUCCUGCAGCCCUCCCGCCACACCGUCGCUCCCUGGGUGGCUGCCGAGGCCGUGCCCGAUGUGAUUGGGUCCCUGGCUGGUCCUGGCUCGCUGACGCUGGAGGUGGGCAACAAGGUGCCAGCGAAGCCUUUGGCAGCUGCCACGGGGGCUGCCCUGGCCCAGCAGCGGCUGGAGCAGCCCAGCUGCACCCCGAGUGCCACACUGCAGGCGGCUGACAAGAAGGUUGCGGUGGAGGAGGUGGAGAGCCACCCCAGGGCCAUGCACUCUGCCAAGAACAUCCUGGAAGACAUCAGCAACAUGUUUGAUGACCUGGCUGACCAGCUGGACGCGAUGCUGGACUGAGACUCGCUCCCUCCUUCCCCUCCCUGCCCCUCGUGCUGGGGGCAGAGUGGGCCUGGCACCGAGCUGGGCCUCCAGCAGCCUCCCUCCCGGCCUUGCACAGCGGCUGGGAACACAGCUGCCCCUCCUCGCUCGGCCCUGCCUCUGGAUCUGCCAGCACAGCCACGGGCUGCUUUCCGAGGGGGUCAGGCAUUUCCCACCAGCCUGGCAGCAGCAGGAGAGCCCAGCGGGACUGCACGCACGGUCCUGGAGGCCACAGAGAAGCCCUCGCUCCCUCGAGCCUCCACAAGGGACCUUUCUCUUUCCCUUCUGCAUUGAGUCCCGCCUCUGAUUAUUUAUCCCCUGCCAACAAUGUGUCAAAGGAGAGACCUCCCCAGGCAGCCACCGCUGAGCUGGCUGCUUCCUGAGCAGCUCCAGCCCCGGCAAGGCCUGACAGCAGCCGAAGGAAGACGGGGCUCGUCGCAGUUUGGCCGCUUGCAGAGUGAGGAAGAACCUUUUCUGCUUCACGUGUUGCUUUCAGCGCCGGGCAGCGUCAUCCGAGCGGAUCCAAACCCCAGCGGUGGGACCCACAGACCCUCCAGGCGAGGCCUCUGCCUGCCCCUGCCCCAGAGCCCUGCGGGUGCCGAUGUGUGUGUUCGCGCCAGUCGGGCUGGAUGGUGCCAAGGCAGAGCCCACGCACCGCCCCGGUGCCCGCAGGGUGAGGCGCCUGCGUGGUCAGUGCUUUUUGUGUUCUCCUUUCCUGUUAUAGUGGGGGGAGAAAAUGGUCCCUUGUCCCACUCCCGUCCCUGCAGGCACAGUGGCUGUGUUAAGCAGCAGCACCCGGAGCCAUGGGUAGAGGAGAGCCCGGGCAGCUCCCGGCCCCCCGGCUGGAUGCGGCCACAGGCCCGCGGCCUUGGCAGGGGAACAGCAGCGAGAGCUCGCUGCAGCCAAGCUGUGGGGCUGGCUGCAGUGCUCCAAGACAGAUUUCUCUAGCAGGGUCUGUUUAGUAGUGCAUGGCUAAAUAUGUCCAAGAGCCCUGAACUUGGCUUGCACACGGCAUGCCAAGCAAAUGAAAGCAUCAGAGCACCAGAAGGGAACCCAAGAUCGUGCUGAAGUGCCAUUUGUUACAAAAACUCCAAACAGAGGGGGUGAAAAAAAACCCCAACCCGAAUCCACACAGCCCCUCUUCCUAAACAAGUCAUCAAACUGGAAAGGGAGGUGGUGGCUGAAGAGGCAGUUGCUUCCUGACCCUUGAGGGAGUCUGGGACUCGGGUGUGCAGCCCUGUGCGCCCUGCACGGCCCCAAGUGGUGCCACGGGCCAGGAGCUGCCAGCCUGGGCCGGGAGCUGCCAGCCUGGCUUCUGGGCUGAAAGCAAAGACACAAAAACCCUGGAUUAAAAAGCCCUGUUGUUGGCUUGGACUUGAGGCGAGCGUGAGGCGGUUCAGCCCCGUCUCUCCUGGCUGGCUGUCGCCCUCAUUCCCGUACCCCAUGGGCUGUAUUUAAGUGACCGUGUCCAACAGGCAAGUGCUACAGCCUGGACCCGGCUGUUUUGGACUAGCUACAGCCAGUGGCACUUUAGAUAAAGGUUUGCAGAAACCUUUUUAAACUGCUUUUUACUCUCACCUGGGACAAGCCCAGUGAUUGCUUUUGGGGUUUUUUCCAAUGUUGAUAAACUGUAAAUGUUGUUUGGUUCCGUUUUGGGGGGUUUUUUGGUUGGUUUUUUUUUUCUAAAGGCCAAUGUAUAUAUUUUAAAUGUGAUUUAUUAUAUAUAUUUACUAACCAGAACUGCAAGUCUUGUACUCUGGGGUCAGGGAUGAGGCCGCUGGGGUGGAGCUGCCGCUGUCUGAGCCAGCUGAGGGUAGCACCAGGCUGCUCUCGUUGUCAAUAAGGGAAUUUAAACCUUUUUUUAGCAGAAGAAUGCCUAUUUUUGAAGCUCUAGAUCUCUAUUUUGAAGCUACUGUAUGGUGUGUAAGUUAUGUACACUGCAACUGGGACUAACUGACCCCAGCUGCACCUGCUCCGUGCAGCGAGACAGAGAGGGGAAAAAAUAGCCCGUGUAAUCACCAGACUGACAACAGAUUUUAAACCAUCUGCUCUGUUUGUGUUAAUCAUCUGUUUUGUUUUCCACUAACAUCCAUUAAGACUAAAUUCUAUUAAACAGUGGGGCAUAUUUUACCCUUUUGAUA